GUGAUCAAGCAGAGACAAGUCCGACGCCAUGUAGAUGGAACAGCACCGUGUAGAUGGAACAGCACAAUGUUCAUGGAACAGCACCAUUUCCAUGGAACAGCACCAUGUUCACGGAACAGCACAAUGCUCAUGGAACAGCACAAUGCUCAUGGAACAGCACAAUGCUCAUGGAACAGCACCAUUUCCAUGGAACAGCACAAUGGUACAUUGAGGAAUCACACCUUUGUACACGCAGCACCCCACGCCCUAAUUCUACGGCUGCUAUUCGAUACACCUAAACCAAUGCACGAGACGCAAAGAACCGAACAAAGUCUCGUCAUA